GUUGACAUGUUUUCUUACUGCUGAGGCUUCCGACACCUUCUCCCCGGCCCCCCGCCUCCCGGCCAGAGCUUGGCCUGAGCUGUCAAAACCCCGCCCCCGGAGACCCACAAUUGGUCCAAAAAGCGUAAAAUCAGCAAUCAAGGGGGGCCUGGCUCGUUAGCGCAGGGGAUCCGAGCAGGGCAGGACAUGUGAGAUAGUCACAGUUUUCCAGAGAUCAGGACAAGAUCUAACCAGUCGCGCGUGGUCCCCGGCGCCGGAGCCGGCCAGCCCAGCCCAGCCCAGCCCAGCCCAGCGCAGAGCCCCCUCCGCCCCCGCGCCCAGAGCCCCGCGCCCAAAGAGGUGCGCGGGACCCGGAGCCGCGAGGAGCCGCUGCCGCGCCUGCCGCCUGGACCGUCCGUCCUCCGCGCGCGCCGCCGCCCGGGCCGGGGGUCCGAGCCGCGCGCCCCCGGCCCCGGCCCCCGGGUGCCUGGGCCGGAUGUCCCGAUGAGAGAGCCGGCGCUGGCAGCCAGCGCCAUGGCUUACCACCCGUUCCACGCGCCACGGCCCGCUGACUUCCCGAUGUCCGCCUUCCUGGCGGCAGCGCAGCCCUCCUUCUUCCCCGCGCUAGCGCUGCCGCCCGGCGCGCUGGCCAAGCCUUUGCCCGACCCGGGCCUGGCGGGGGCCGCGGCCGCGGCCGCCGCAGCAGCUGCAGCGGCCGAGGCGGGGCUGCACGUCUCGGCACUUGGCCCGCACCCGCCCGCUGCGCAUCUGCGCUCGCUUAAGAGCCUGGAACCCGAGGACGAGGUGGAGGACGACCCCAAAGUGACGCUGGAGGCCAAGGAACUGUGGGACCAGUUCCACAAGCUGGGCACCGAGAUGGUCAUCACCAAGUCCGGGAGGCGGAUGUUCCCCCCCUUCAAGGUUCGAGUCAGUGGCCUGGACAAGAAGGCCAAAUACAUCCUGCUGAUGGACAUUGUGGCUGCUGAUGAUUGCCGUUAUAAGUUCCACAACUCACGAUGGAUGGUGGCAGGCAAAGCUGACCCAGAGAUGCCCAAACGCAUGUAUAUCCACCCAGACAGUCCUGCUACUGGGGAGCAGUGGAUGGCCAAGCCUGUGGCCUUCCACAAGCUGAAGCUGACCAACAACAUUUCUGACAAGCAUGGCUUUACCAUCCUGAACUCCAUGCACAAGUACCAGCCACGCUUUCACAUCGUUCGAGCCAACGACAUCCUGAAGCUCCCGUACAGCACCUUCCGCACCUAUGUCUUCCCAGAGACUGACUUCAUUGCUGUCACUGCCUACCAGAACGACAAGAUUACACAGCUGAAGAUAGACAACAACCCGUUUGCCAAGGGCUUCCGGGACACCGGGAACGGUCGUCGGGAGAAAAGGAAGCAGCUGUCGCUUCCGACUCUGCGCUUGUAUGAGGAGCACUGCAAGCCCGAGCGCGACGGUGCUGAGUCGGAUGCCUCAUCCUGUGACCCUCCGCCUGCGCGGGAACCACCGUCCUCCCCUAGCGCAGCGCCCAGUCCCCUGCGCUUGAACCGGACUCGAGCGGAGGAGAAGCCUUGCACCAUCGACAGCGACCCUGAGCCAGAGCGGCUAAACGACGAGCGCGCCGCCGCACCGAUGGGCAGAAGCCCGGCUCGGGACAGCAGCCCGGCUCGCCUGACCGAACCUGAGCGCGCCCGGGAGCGGCGCAGUCCGGAGAGGGGCAAGGAACCGAUAGAGAGCGGCGCAGAAGGCCCGUUUGGCCUGCGGAGCCUGGAGAAGGAGCGCUCCGAGACCCGGAGGAAGGAGGACGGGCGCAAGGAGGCGGGCGAGGGCAAGGAGCCCAGCCUGGCGUCGCUGGUGGUGCAGUCGGACAGCGCGUCCCCCCUGGGCGCCGGACACCUGCCGGGCCUGGCCUUCUCCAGCCAUCUGCACGGGCAGCAGUUCUUUGGGCCACUGGGAGCCGGCCAGCCGCUCUUCCUGCACCCAGGACAGUUCGCCAUGGGCCCUGGAGCCUUCUCCGCCAUGGGCAUGGGUCACCUGCUGGCCUCGGUGGCAGGCGGCGGCGGCAACAGCGGAGGCGCCGGUCCGGGAACCGCCGCAGGCCUGGACGCAGGCGGGCUGGGUCCCGCGGCCAGUGGAGCUAGCACCGCGGCGCCCUUCCCGUUCCACCUCUCCCAGCACAUGCUGGCAUCUCAGGGAAUCCCAAUGCCCACUUUCGGAGGCCUCUUCCCCUACCCCUACACCUACAUGGCAGCCGCUGCCGCCGCCGCCUCCGCUCUGCCCGCCACCAGUGCUGCAGCCGCUGCUGCCGCUGCCGCUGGCUCCCUAUCCCGGAGCCCAUUCCUGGGCAGUGCCCGGCCCCGCCUGCGCUUCAGCCCCUACCAGAUCCCAGUCACCAUCCCACCUAGCACUAGCCUCCUUACCACCGGGCUGGCAGCGGAGGGCUCUAAGGCUGCAGGCGGAAAUAGCCGAGAGCCCAGUCCACUGCCCGAGCUGGCUCUCCGAAAAGUGGGGGGUCCAUCCCGCGGGGCCCUGUCACCCAGCGGCUCAGCCAAAGAGGCAGCCAGUGAACUGCAGAGCAUCCAGAGACUGGUGAGUGGGCUGGAGAGCCAGCGAGCCCUCUCCCCCGGCCAGGAGUCGCCCAAGUGAGGGGGCUGUCUGGCUGCUGCGCUACCACGCAGGACCCCCCCCCCCGGCUGCCUGCCUCUGCUGCUUGGGACGUGUACAGCACAGAAUGGGUAUUUAUUUAAAUAAAGAAGCAAAAGCGUGCUUCAGCAGUCAGAAUAGAGCCUCGUGUGGCAGGCCGGUGUCUGGGACGCUUCCCUGGGUCUCAACAGGGAAUCAGUCUACGGGAACACAGUCGCUCUGGGGCCACUGGAUUCGAUCCAGAUCUGCUCCAUAGCCAACUUUGGGGCACCUCUUUCUUCCACCGCUGUGGGGGAGGCUUCCACCCGGGCCCAGCGGUCCGUUUGGAAACCAGAAGGUACAUAGGCUAGGGGUGGUUGCUUCGGAGAACAUUCUACGACCCCAGGCCUCGGGUCUGGACGGCGUGAGAAACUGAGGUGGAGGAUGCUGGAGCCAGUGAAGACUCAAGUCAGUGUAGACUGGAGCUAGGAGGGGUCCUGUCCUUUUAGUCCUCCCUCCUCCAGCCCCCAAGAGACAGGCAUUCCCUCCUACUCCUGGGUCAGCGGAGGAGGAAGUGGCAUUUCUGCCUUGAGUCCCCAGGGGGUAAAGAUAUUUAUGAAAUAAAUGGUAAUUUGUGUAAAUAAGCUUUAAGUUUCCCAGAAUAUGCAAAUUCGUAUUAAUUUAUUCAAAGGUGUACAUUGCUGUGUACCUAUAUUUAGAGAUUAACUCAUAGCACUUAAUUUUUUUUUCAUUUUACAUGAGCAUCUAUAUUGUACAGGGCCCGGGGUCCCUGGAUGCAGAGAAGGCACCGAACCCGGGGAAGGCCCCACCCUACGGGCCCCUCAGCCCCUGCGCCCCGGCUUUGCCCGCCUGGCCCGCGGGCCCCACCUCAGGUUUCCACUUUUUGCUCCAGAGAGAGAACGAAAAGACAAAAACUCGAGAAAACAAUAAAACGCUACAAUGCGAA